CGGGCUGUAUCCGGGGUCGCACCUAAUCCGCGUUCUGAAAAUCGAGGGGCAUUAACGAGGAUGCCUUUCCAGCAAGAAGCCGAUUUUAAAGGAAUCGUCGUUCUCUUCUAAAAAACCGGCGAUCUCUUCAUCUCGAAAGGGUAGUGGUACAGAUAUUGGUUUGAUCUGUGGAAGUUGGUGCGCAUUUGCAUUUCUAUAGCUGCCGAUACAGAUAUUGGUUUUAUCUGUAGAAGUUGGUGUGCAUUUGCAUUUCUAUAGCUGCUAUCGUUUGGUCAUUUCAAAUUCUGCGUAAGUCUUUCCCAUCGGGGAUUUGUAGAAUUUUUCUUGUGUGAAGUUUCCAUGGCUGCUUCUUACUUUACCCGUGUUGAAAUUUCCAGGAGGUGGUACUGAUCUUUUAAUCUGUGGUGGACAUUUGCAUUUCUAUAGCUACCAUCGUUGGGUAAUUUGAAAUUGUACAGGAGUCUGGUUUGAGCCAUGGGAUCUGAAGGGCCACCGGCUAUUACAGUUCAUGUGACUGGAUUCAAGAAAUUCCAUGGAGUCGCUGAGAACCCGACCGAGACGAUAGUUAGCAAUCUGAAAGAUUUUGUGAAGAGAAGAGGAUUGUGUGGAGGAGUUACUCUUCGGAGCUGUACCAUUCUUGAGGCUGCUGGAGAAGGAGGGCUUCCUAAACUUUACAAGAUCAUGGAGUCAGCUAUGUCUGAGCCCUACUCAGACUCUUUGAGCAAUGAGCGGGUCAUAUGGCUUCAUCUUGGAACCAAUGCCGGGGCAUUGAGGUUUGCCAUCGAGCGACAGGCUGUAAAUGAAGCCACUUUUCGUUGUCCAGACGAGCUUGGCUGGCAGCCUCAGCAAGUUCCAAUUGUCCCGGAGGAUGGAGGGAUUUCACGGACUAGAAAGACUUCAUGCUCCACCGACGCGAUUGCGAAGUUCUUGAGAAAGCAGGGCUAUGAUGUGGCACUCUCUGACGAUGCAGACCAGUUCGUGUGCAACUAUGUCUACUACCACUCGCUCCGGUUCGCCGAGCAAAGAGGCCACAAGUCUCUAUUUGUCCACGUCCCUCUCUUCUCGAGAAUCGACGAAGAUACCCAGAUGCAAUUUGUGGCGUCACUCUUGGAGGCAUUGCCGAUCAUGUACUGAAUCUACCAAUCUUUUUGAAAUUAUUCAAUCUCUUAAUCUUUGUUUCCUUGCUGUCAUAUGUGUGUGCAUAAGAUAGUGACAGGCUAGUGGCUUUCCGUUCCUGGGGCAAGUCACUCCUACUCAGCUGUGCGUUAUAAUACUAUCAUAGUUAUUGGUUUUUCAUGUGAAGUAUAUUUAUAUA